GCAUCCCUGCCGCCGCCGCCCCCCGCGCAUGCAUGGCCACUUUGCCCAGCUCCGACCGGAGGGCGUUUGCUCUGAGGCUCAACAGGCAUUCUUCUGCAGAAAUAAGAAGGCAAUUUGUGCAUCCAAUUGGACAGUUCACCCAACGAAGCAUCAGUACUCCUGGUUUCUCUUCUAGUUCUCUACCCCAGUUCUAUGAUGCAGUAGAGCCAGUGGAUUUUGAAGGUUUCCUAAUGAUGCAGCUGAAUAGCUUAGAUUCAGAUCUUCUGCAAGAACUUGGUGAUUUUCCAGAAGAUGAUUUAGAUGUGGCCUUUACUCCAAAGGAACACAGGACUUUAAAGCCAUCAUUGCCUGAGGAAGGUGCUGAAUUGGAUCUACAUGUCCGGGAUUGUGUACAGACCUAUAUCCGUGACUGGCUGGUUGUGAAUCGAAAAAACCAAGGAAAUAACGAGACAUUUACCUUUAAGAAAAAGGGAUCCAGAAGAGAUCUCCAUAAGACGCUUCAAAAGCAAACGUUUGAAUCAGAAAUUUCAGAUUACAGUGAUACAAGCUGUCAGCAGGCAGGUCCCAGGCACUUAAAGAUCCUCUGCAAUGAAUCUGGGAGAACCACAUUGACAUCUGGUGACUUCGACUUGCGCAGCUUGCAACCUGAUCCUCGUCUGGCCAAUCUGCUACAGCACAUUAGUGCAGAAGACUUUGAAAGGCAAAGUGAUGAGGCACGACAAAGCAACAGGCCGACAGAGCUGUUUGCCCUGUACCCCAGUAUAGAUGAGGAGGAUGCUUUGGAAAUACGACCAGUACCUGAAUGCCCCAAGGAACAUCUGGGCAACAGGAUAUUGGUGAAAGUACAGGCCCUGAAAUUUGAGAUAGAGAUAGAACCAUUAUUUGUAAGUUUAGCCCUCUAUGAUAUAAAAGAAAGAAAAAAGAUCUCAGAAAAUUUCCAUUGUGACCUGAACUCUGAGCAAUUCAAAGGAUUCUUGCGAAUGCACACACCAUGCGUUGACUCCUCUAGUCAGUCAAGGUCUGCUGUGUUUUCCAUAACGUAUCCCUCUCCAGAUAUUUACCUAGUUCUGAAGAUUGAAAAAGUCCUUCAACAAGGAGAAAUUGGAGACUGUGCAGAACCCUAUAUGGUUUUAAAAGAAAGUGAAGUUGGGAAGAACAAAGACAAAGUUGAGAAACUAAAGGUACAAGCUGAGUCCUUUUGUCAGCGUUUGGGAAAAUACCGCAUGCCUUUUGCUUGGGUUCCCAUAAACUUAGCAAAUUUCUUCAAUAAUUCUUCACUGGAAAGAGAUGUAGCAGAGUUAGAAGUUUUAAAUGGUAGAAGUUCCACUGGUGACCGAAGAACAAUGACAAUGCAAGCAAGGAGACUUUCUGAAAGAAGUGUUGGCUCAGAAGAUGCUCCUGCCGCACCCACUUUCAAAACUACCACUCUGACAAUCAACACAUUUUUUAAACAGGAAGGAGACAGACUUAGUGAUGAAGACUUACUUAAGUUUCUAGCUGACUACAAAAGAUCUUCCUCCUUGCAGAGAAGAAUGAAGUCUAUACCGGGAUUGGUUAAACUGGAGAUCUUGCCUGCUCUGGAAGCUCUCCCUUGUUGUCUCAGCACGGAAUUAUUAGAGGUGAAGCCUUUCCCUGAAAACCGCAGCCGCCCUCAUAAAGAAGUUCUGGAAUUUCCAGUUCGAGAAAUCUAUGUCCCCCAUACUGUGUAUCGAAAUCUUCUCUAUGUGUACCCUCAGCGGCUGAAUUUUGCAAAUCGUCUGGCCUCAGCACGAAACAUUACCAUUAAGAUACAGUUUAUGUGUGGAGAAGACCCUAUCUGUGGAAUGCCAAUAAUAUUUGGAAGAUCAAGUGGCCCAGAAUUUGUUCAAGAGGUUUACACACCAGUUACAUAUCAUAACAAGUCUCCUGACUUCUAUGAAGAAGUAAAGAUAAAGUUGCCAGCUAAACUCACAGAAAAACACCACCUGCUUUUCACAUUCUACCACAUUAGUUGUCAGCCCAAACAAGAAGGAUGUGUAGAAACUCUUCUAGGGUAUUCAUGGCUGCCAAUUCUGUUAAAUGACCGUCUUCAAACAGGUCAUUAUUGUCUUCCUGUUGCCUUGGAUAAACUGCCUGCCAACUAUUCGAUGCACUCAGCAGAGAAAGUUCCUCCACAGUCUCCUCCCAUUAAAUGGGCUGAAGGUCACAAAGGGGUGUUUAAUGUUGAAGUGCAAGCUGUCUCAUCUGUUCAUACACAGGACAAUCAUGUGGAGAAAUUCUUCACCCUAUGCCAUGCACUAGAAAGCCAAGUUGCCUUCCCUAUUAGAGUGAUGAAUGAGAAGAUCACAGAAGCUAUACUGGAACAUGAGCUGAAACUCAGCAUAAUUUGCUUGAAUUCUUCCCGUCUUGAGCCCCUGGUGUUGUUUUUACACUUGGUGUUGGAUAAACUCUUCCAGCUGGCUGUGCAGCCCAUGGUUAUAGCAGGCCAGACAGCCAACUUCUCCCAGUUUGCCUUUGAAUCUGUGGUUGCAAUAGUGAAUAGCCUCCACAACAGCCAAGAUCUGAGCAAGGACCAUCAUGGGAGAAACUGCCUCUUAGCAUCUUAUGUCUACUAUGCCUUCCGUCUUCCUGAAGUUCAAAGAGACAUUGUCAAACUAGGUGGAGCAAGCAGUGGUACUCUUCCUGAAUCUCGUUAUUAUACUUAUGGACGCACAUCAGCUGUUUCAGUGGGCUCCAGACUCUUACAAAGUCGGGCAACCAGCUGUAGUAAUCCAGAUAUUGCUGGAAUCCAGUCUGCUGCUGAUGAGGAAGUCAGAAGCAUCAUGUCGUCAAGGGUUGCUGAUCGAUGCUACAGUCGGAUGUCUUAUUAUAGUGAACCCAGUAGUGAUAUAUCAAGUGCCUGCACAAGUCCACGGCCAUCCACUAAAAAGCAUUUUCAUGAAGAGUUGGCACUUCAGAUGGUGGUGAGCACUGGCAUGGUGCGGGAAUCAGUCUUCAAGUAUGCUUGGUUCUUCUUUGAACUUCUGGUCAAGAGCAUGGCUCAGUAUGUUCAUAACAUGGACAAACAAGAUAUUCCCCGUAGAAGUCGGUUUUCUGAUCGUUUCAAGGAUGAUAUCACUACUAUAGUUAAUGUGGUCACCUCAGAAGUUGCAGCACUUUUAGUCAAGCCACAAAAGGAAAAUGAACAAGCAGAAAAAAUCAACAUUAGCCUGGCAUUUUUCUUGUAUGAUCUUCUUUCACUAAUGGAUCGUGGAUUCGUGUUUAACCUCAUAAAACAUUACUGCAAUCAAUUGUCAAAUAAACUUAAUUCACUUCCAACAUUGAUUUCCAUGAGGCUGGAGUUUUUGCGAAUUCUCUGCAGUCAUGAACAUUACCUCAAUUUGAAUCUCUUUUUCUUGCCAUCAGGAUCCGCCCCAUCAUCUCCCUCUCCUUCUCUGUCAUCUCAGAAUUCAAGCUCCUGCUCAAGUUUCCAGGAUCAAAAAAUUGCCAGUAUGUUUGACCUAACAGCGGAUUAUCGACAGCAGCACUUCCUAACUGGCCUCCUCUUCACAGAGCUGGCAGCUGCCCUGGAUACCGAAGCAGAAGGAAUAAGCAAGGUGCAGAGGAAAGCUGUCAGUGCUAUCCAUAGUCUACUGAACUCACAUGACUUGGACAAAUCCUGCAUGAAACCAGAAGUGAAAAGGAAAGUUGCUGCCCUUUACCUACCAUUGAUCGGGAUAAUUUUGGAUGCACUUCCACAGCUACAUGAUUUUACAGUUUCAGAUGGUCGUGGUGGGAAAGGACGCACUGGAACCCUAGAUGAAGAACAAGAGGCUGCAAAUGCAAUUAACCAGAACAUUGCUCUUGCUAUUGCUGGAAAUCAGUUUAAUGUCCUAAGGACUUCCGGCCCAUCUGUGUCCACUGUGCCAUACAAACAAUCCAACAUUUUAAGUCCAGAAACUACCCGCUGCCUGUUAAUCUGUUUCCUAUGGAUUAUGAAAAAUACUGAUCAGAAUCUUAUUAAGAAAUGGAUCUCAGAUUUGCCAUCUGUGCAGCUGAACCGGAUUUUAGACCUUUUGUUCAUCUGUGUCUCAGCUUUUGAGUACAAGGGUAAGCAGAGUUCUGACAAAGUCAGCACUCAAGUGCUCCAGAAGUCAAGAGACGUAAAAGCCCGCCUGGAAGAGGCUUUACUAAGAGGAGAGGGAGCCAGGGGUGAAAUGAUGAGGCGCUGCAGGAUGCCAGCUGGGAAUGACCGGUUCCCAGGGAUGAACGAGAACUUACGAUGGAAGCGAGAUCAGACACACUGGCGGCAAGCAAACGAGAGGCUAGAUAAGACAAAAGCUGAGAUUGAUCAAGAAGCUCUACUCAGUGGGAACCUGGCUACAGAAGCUAAUUUGAUCAUCUUGGAUAUGCAAAAGAACAUCAUCCAGGCAAGUUCGGCUGUGGAUUGCAGAGACAACCUGUUGGGAGGCGUUUUGAAGGUCCUAGUAAAUACUCUGAGCUGUGAUCAGAGUACAACAUUCUUGACUCAUUGUUUUGCUUUUCUCCGAACAUUAAUUGUCAAGUUUGGAGACUUGCUGUUUGAAGAGGAAGUGGAGCAGUGUUCGGAUAUCUGCCAGAGAGUCCUGCAGCACUGCAGUAGUAGCAUGGACACCACUCGGAUUCAAGCUUGUGCCACCCUUUAUCUCCUCAUGAGAUAUAGUUUCAGCUCUACCAGCAAUUUUGCGAGAGUGAAAAUGCAAGUGACAAUGUCACUGGCUUCUCUGGUUGGUAAAGCAUCAGAUUUCAAUGAGGAAUAUCUCAGAAAAUCUUUGCGAACCAUUUUGGCAUAUGCAGAGGAAGAUGCAGACAUGCAGCCAACCCUGUUCCCUGUACAGGUGGAAGAACAAUUGAGUAAUUUGAACAGCAUAUUGUCUGACACAGUGAAAAUGCGAGAGUUCCAGGAAGAUCCAGAGAUGCUCAUGGAUCUUAUGUACAGAAUUGCCAAAGGAUAUCAAACAUCACCAGACUUAAGGCUGACCUGGCUCCAGAAUAUGGCAGAAAAGCAUGCCAAGAAAAAGUGUUACACAGAGGCUGCCAUGUGUCUAGUUCAUGCUGCUGCGCUAGUGGCAGAAUAUCUCAGUAUGCUGGAGGAUCACAGCUACCUGCCAGUGGGCAGUGUCACCUUUCAGAAUAUUUCUUCCAAUGUGUUGGAGGAGUCUGCUGUUUCCGAUGAUGUUCUGUCUCCAGAUGAAGAUGGAGUAUGCUCUGGAAGGUAUUUCUCCGAGAAUGGUUUGGUAGGACUGCUAGAACAAGCUGUAGAGCUUUUCAGCACAGGAGGACUGUGGGAAACUGUAAAUGAAGUCUACAAGAUUGUCCUUCCCAUUUUAGAAGCACAUCGAGAUUUCAGGAAGCUUUCUUCCACUCACAGUAAACUUCAGAAGUCCUUUGAAAACAUCAUAAAUAAGGGCCAGAAGAGAAUGUUUGGCACUUACUUCCGUGUUGGCUUUUAUGGAACUAAAUUUGGGGACUUAGAUGAACAGGAGUUUGUAUACAAAGAACCUGCCAUUACUAAACUUCCUGAGAUUUCUCACAGACUGGAGAGUUUUUAUGGUCAGUGCUUUGGGGAGGAUUGUGUCAUAGUGAUUAAAGACUCUGCUCCUGUGGACAAGAACAAACUAGAUCCUAAUAAGGCCUAUAUACAGAUUACCUUUGUGGAACCCUAUUUUGAUGAAUAUGAGAUGAAAGACAGAGUGACACACUUUGAGAAAAACGUUAACCUCCGGCGAUUCAUGUAUACCACUCCUUUCACUCAAGAUGGUCGCCCACGAGGAGAACUGAGUGAGCAGUACAAGAGGAAGACCAUUUUGACCACAAUGCAUGCUUUUCCCUACAUCAAAACAAGAAUCAAUGUUAUUCAAAAGGAAGAGUUUGUUUUGAUGCCAAUUGAAGUUGCUAUUGAAGACAUGCAAAAGAAAACCCAGGAACUAGCUGUGGCUACCUGCCAGGUGCCUCCCGAUGCCAAAAUGCUCCAGAUGGUGCUUCAGGGUUCUGUUGGAGCAACAGUAAAUCAGGGACCACUAGAGGUAGCCCAAGUGUUCCUGGCUGAAAUUCCAGCAGAUCCAAAACUUUACCGACAUCAUAACAAGCUGAGGUUAUGCUUCAAAGAGUUCAUAAUGAGGUGUGGAGAAGCUGUGGAGAAGAACAAACGCCUGAUUACUGCUGACCAACGGGAAUAUCAGCUUGAAAUGAAAAAAAACUAUAAUAAAUUGAAAGAGAAUCUCAGACCGAUGAUUGAGAGGAAAAUUCCAGAGCUGUAUAAACCCAUUGUGAAAGUGAACAGUAUGGCAAGGGGUUCUUUCCGUAGUUCUAGUUUUAGGAAAUAUGAGAAUUUGCCUCCACAGAAUACUUAAGUGGCUCUGUAAGAUCAACUGAACUGUUGCAGUGGAUCCAGUACAAAUCUGCACCAA